UCCUAAACUGUUGAUUUUUGUGUUCUUUUUUUGUUGGUUUAAUUUUAAGCACAAGCUUGCUUUGUUCACUGGAAGUUUUGGGCAUACAAACGGGAAGUAUUUCAAGCCCAAAAUGUGAGAAAUCGAACAAUUAUUACGCCUGCUCUACGUUGUCUUAAGAGUCCCAAAAGUGCUGUAGGAGCACCGCCCGUCCCGCAUCUGGCUUCAAUUAGCGCACUUUUGUCUGUCGUCUCUCCUCUGGCGUUUAUUUUCUGUGACAGACUUAGAACUUUGGUCACAGAUCAGUUGAUUACUGCUUACGUUGCCAUGAGGUGCGUUACCUUGCUGCUACUUUGGGGUACUUUCCGCAUCGUUUGGGGUGAAAAUCAAACCCAACUUUGCCAGCAAGCUGUGAACCCAAGGCAUUCGCUGCUCUCGCGUCGUGUGCGGGGUUUGGUCUUUCCGGACAAGGCCUCGCUGCUGGUCACAGCUGCCCUGACCAAGAUCAUAGUGGGUGGACGGCCGAGUGGGCUGCAGUAUAGUCUGGAAUUUGAUAUGUACUUGCCGCUGCCGGAUACGGUGGAGGGUUGGGAGCCAAAGAUAUCGAAGAAUCCUAAACAUAAACCCAAGACCAGGAGGCGAUGGGAUUGGGCUGGGAGUAACGCCCAAAGACCGAUCAAAUAUGCGCCUUAUUACAGUCCCCAACUCACUGCGAAUUCGUUCUAUCAAUCGCCCUGGCACUUGUCCACUCAAAUCCAGCAGCAGCCGCAGGAGGAGACCUAUGAGUCCUGGUCGCAUGUGCCACAAUGGAAGCUGCAUCGCGGCUACAGAGAACGCAGAGACAUCUACGAUCAGUUUGAAGCCUUAGGGAGAGUCUUCCAAUUGGACGUUCGCAGCUGCAUAAAGCGCGCCAUGUGUGAGCUAAGAACACGCCUCAAGGGCGGCUUUCUCAUGGAGGAUCUAAUGCGGAUUAUACUCACCGUGCCUGAAGAGCUAACCGCUGACAAGUACAAACAUCCCAGUGACAUCCAGGACUGUGUGCGCUUUUAUGCCCUGAGCUGCCCCUACAAUGUUUUGGAUUUCCUGACACAAAAUUACCCGACAUCAGGCAGCAAGUAGGCUGUGUGUCGAAACUCUAGGGCAUGCCAGAGUGCCAUUU